CGAAAUAGAAUCUACUUUUGCUCCCCCUCACAGGCCUUCCUCUGUCGUUCAGGUAGCGCUGUCAGUAUACCUUCAGACCGUGCACCUUGUGUGUCUCCAAACAGUACUAGUAUAUAAGUUCACUCAAGCAGUGAGAACACUGCAACUCUAACAUGCGCUCGCCGGGGAACGACUCGGAUACAAGCCCGUCCAGUACCACUGCUUGCACGCCUUCUGAAAGCGGCAAUAUCGGCCGCAAACCUCGCACCACCAUCGUUGACCUUCCACCUGACGUUCUCCUCAUCAUCUUCCGCGCCGUGUUCCGUGAAAUAGCCUGCCCAAGGUUCCGGCUGAGAUCAUUUUUCUAGAUCCUUGGUCCACAACCAAUGGCCCGAAUUACGAACACCCCUCUCCAGAAUGCCUUGCCUCCGUCUCUCCUUUGUGGCGAGAAGCCAUGUCGAACUCAUCGCAGUUCUGGACACACUUCGUUAUCUGGAUCGGAAGGGACCCCACCCCGCUUCCCAGGAUCUGCCAGUAUCUCGCAUGGUCGCGGGAUCGCCCCCUUGAGAUCUAUUUUCUGCGGAGGUUCGACCCGUCCAUAGAGGACUCUACGGAGAAGGCUCAGGAAAAAGCCGUCAUUGAAGUGCUUUUGCCUCAUAUCAAGCGAUGUACAACUCUAUGCAUGAAGCUCCUAUACUCCAGUUCACUCCCGAUCCCUCGGUUCGACCUCGUGGGGCGCGCAGAACAGCUGCAGACGCUCGUUCUUGACUUCAUGAUUGACGAUUUGGUAGACAGCGUCGGGAUAGUCUCGCCUCGAGUUGGUGACUUCGACACGCCCGUACUGGAGAACUUGUCUAUGGGCGAGGUCCACUUCCGCGAGUCAUACGUAAAUCAUUUUCCCCAAUCCACCAUGCCAUCCAAGCUCGUAACCCUCGCCAUCACCGACUACGACGCGCGCAACGCGAUCUUCCCGCUCGUCGACCUCCUCAAAUGCGUCGUGCACUGCCCGGGGCUGUGCAACCUCAAGCUCGACAACCUCCACCUCGACUGUUCCUACGCUGGGCCGGCCAUACCGCCCCCCAAUGGCAGGGUACUGAUCUGGCAGCCCGACGUCGACUUCAUCGACAUGGGCGACGAUGUGAUCGCGGAGUACGGCCGGCUGCUCUACUACCCCCUGGUCGAUGCUAUGUCGUACACACGGUGCUCGACCCCACCCCCAGGCGCCGCGCUCUCGGAGGCCAGCUAUAUCACGCUGAAAGAAAUCAACACCGCGACGGCACUCUUCAG